AUGUCGUCCCCCGUGGAGGAACGCAAAACCUAUAUAGAUCAGGACAAACGAAAGGACGCCGAUGUCUCCCCAACCUCCGAUGACGGGACCUAUGUGACCGAGCCCGCCGAUCGGGAGCGCGGAGGAGGGCUCCGCGUCGACACCACCCGCGCUCCCGGCGACGAGGAGCCCUCCAUGCGCACCCCAUCCGCGCGGCGGGAGCAGGCCACUCGCCUCGAGGAUGAUCUGAUGCUGCUGCAGGCCGAGCGCAUGACCACUCGCUCCACUCAACAACCCGACGACGAGCACGACCGCAAUUCCAUCAAUCGGGCCCGGUCGCGUCGGUCGGAGCAGGUGGACGAGUUCGACGAGGCUACCAACCCGCUGCACGAGAAAGCCGCCAUCUACAAGCCCCCGGAGAAGCCCAAUACCCAGAUUGCGGUGUUCGUUAAGAAGCUGCAUCAGUCCAGCUUCCUCGUGCGCUACAUCACCUAUAUCUCGCCUGUCGUCCUCCUUCUCCUGAUUCCGUUGCUGGUCGGCGCUCUGGAGUAUCCCAAUGCCAGUGUGGGCGGCGUGCAAUUGAUGUGGUUUUCGAUCUGGCUCGAGAUCGUCUGGUUGACUCUGUGGGCAGGACGGCUCGUGAGUAAGUGUCUGCCUCCGAUCAUUGGGGUCCUGGCCAGUAUUUUCACCAACAACGCCAAGAAAUGGCGCGACCUGGCCAAGCAGCUCGAGAUCCAUGCGGCCCUCUUCUUUUGGUGGCUCGGAGUCGAGAUCUCCUUCUUGCCCACCAUGAAGAACCACCAUGUGGACGGGGACAAGAACACCCGAAGCUGGGAGAACACCCUCAACAAGAUCAUCAUCGUCAUCUUUGUCUGGACGAUUCUGAACUUUGUCGAAAAGAUUCUCAUCCAGCUGAUCGCCAUCAGUUUCCACCUGCGCACCUAUGCCGACCGUAUCGAAAUCAACAAGUUCCAGAUCGGCAGCUUGACCAAGCUGUAUGAGUUCUCUCGGACCACGUUGGAGGACAAGGACGAUACGUUCGAGGAGAAGGACACCCGGGAGACCCCGACGGGCGUCAAGACACCCCUGCACUAUGCGGGCGUGGCCCAGCGAAAAGCCAAGGGAGCCCUGAACAAAGUCGGUAACCGUGUGGGCGACGUCGCUGGAGCCGUGGUGGCCGAUGUCACCGGUCGCACCACCACCCGUAGCACCGAUGCAUACCAGGUCAUCCUGACUCUGCUGCGCACCACCGGUGGCUGUCAGGUUCUGGCCCGUCGCUUGUAUCGCACUUUCGUGCGGGACGGCUUUGACACGGUCUUUGGCGGCGACCUGAAGGCCGCCUUUGACGACAGCGAAGAAGCGGAGGCCGCGUUUACCAUGUUCGACCGUGAUAUGAACGGUGACAUCUCGAUGGAAGAGCUCGAGGCGGUCUGUGUUGACAUUGGACGUGAGCGCAAAUCCAUCACCGCUUCCCUGAAGGAUCUGGACUCGGUCGUGUCCAAGUUGGAUGAUGUGUUUAUGUUCUUUGUCUUCGUGGUUGUCUUGAUCGUGUUCCUGUCGCUCAUCUCCACCUCCGCCGCCGGUGUUCUCACCUCCGCCGGCUCUGCUAUCCUGGCGCUGUCGUGGUUGUUCUCUGCUACUGCCCAGGAAUUCCUCCAGUCAGUCAUCUUCGUGUUUGUCAAGCACCCCUUCGAUGUCGGUGACCGCGUCACCAUCUACGGUAACGCUGGUGACGCCGGUCUCGGUGAUGACUACUUCGUCAAGGAGAUUACCCUGUUGUAUACCGAGUUCAAGAAGAUGCAGGGCCACGUAGUGCAGGCCCCCAACAGCUACCUGAACGGACUCUUCAUCCUGAACCAGCGUCGCUCCGGUGCUCUCGCCGAGGCCGUGCCCAUCAUCAUCAAAUACGGUACCACCAUCGACCAACUGGAUGCCCUGCGCCAGCGACUUCUGGAGUUUGUGCGCAGCGAAAAGCGCGACUUCCAGAGCAACAUUCUGACCGAGCUGCGCGCGGUGACCGAGAACUUCUCCCUGACCCUCAACGUGGUAUUCUUCUACAAGUCCAACUGGCAGAACGAGGGCCUUCGUCUCCAACGCCGCAACAAGUUCAUCUGCAUGCUCAUGGUUGCCCUCCAGGAGAUCGGCAUCGAGGGCCCACGCAUGAACCUCCAGGGUGCCAAGUUCGACAUUCCCUUCCAUGUCAACUAUGGCAACGAGCGUUCUGCUCGCGGUGGCCGCGAGGAACCCAUCGAGGCGGAAGAAAUCCCCCUGUCGGAGGAGUCUCACCACCUGCCCGAGAACACUGCCAGCAGCAGCAGCAGCGCUGUCCGUCAUCCCUCCAUUCUCCGCAAGGGGAUGAACACUGCUGCCGCACGAGCCCGUGGUCCGUCCAUCUCCCAGCGCAAGCAUGUCGACUUCUCCUUGGGUAUGUCCAACAUGGCUUCCAACGAUGUCAUGGGAGACGUCUUUGAGGAUCGUGGUAUUCGUAUCAACGAUGUCGUUCGGUCCGCCAACCGCGACGCCGCAGAGCGUCGCAUCCAGGAGGAGACCGAAGAGGAAGAGGAGCGCCGGAGUCGGACCUCCUCAUCUCGACACCGCCGUCCCUCCAACCUCAGCGCCCCGAGCAACAAAGGCGAAGGUCGCCGGUCGACCGACGCCGCCAGCUUCCGUAGUGGCCAGUCCUCCCUCGGUCGGAACAGAUUCUUCCACCACCGAAGCAGUGUCACCCAGGAUCGUGAUGAUCUGAUGGAACAGGGACGCUCUGCCUCGCCCACCCAGCCCCCUCCGGCUGCUGCUCCCGCCUUCAAGGAGCAUCCUAAUUGA